AUGUCUUUUCCAGAAGCAUACAGCAGCGUGAGGCGUGCUAUUUCAUCCGCACCGCCGAACAAUUCCUACCUUCGCUGGGAUGCGCCUGGCGUGGAGGCACCAAAGCCUAACGAGGUUGAGACGGCAAAGAAGAUUGGAGAGACGAUGAACCGGAUGCAACAGCACAACUUCGAUCAGCAUAGGCAUGCUUAUCGGGCAACUCACGUCAAGACGCAGGGUAUCGUCAAGGGCAAGAUGACUGUGCUUCCAGAUUUGCCGGCACAUUUACAGCAAGGCCUUUUCAAGACCCCGGGGCAGGCGUACAAUGUUGCAGCACGAUAUGCAAACGAACCUGUCUUUCUUCAGGCCGACCAGGAACCUGGGCCUCGCGGUCUGGGAAUGCGAGUAUUUGGAGUGCAGGGAGAGAGGCUCCAAAGCGCUGACCCUGAAGCUAGUACCCAGGAUUUCUUCUUUAACAACGCUCCGUCCAUCGAACUGACCGACAUCGAUACCUGUCUUGAGAUCAUGCAACUGAGAGAGAAGUACUUUGAUAGUCCCUUGAAACUGGCUGCAGCGACGAAACUAAGGACAGAUGCAAUCAAACAAAGUGCACCUGGUAUGCUUCCGAAUACCAACAUAAUCAGCCACUCGUUCUACACACAAAGCGCAUUUAGAUUUGGGGACUGGUAUGGCCACAUGGCGCUUUUUCCGGUACUUGACGACAUGAAGAACCGAACCGAGAAAGUCAAGAGCGGUGACUCUCGAGAAGUGCUUCGAGACUGGCUGUCGGAAUACUUUGCCCAAAACGGCGCCAAGUAUGAGUUUAAAAUUCAGCUAGGUACCUCACCUGAUCAUCAUCCAACUGAAGACGGAUCAGUAGUGUGGGAUGAAGCUACCGCACCAUACCAGACGAUCGCGACAGUUGAAUUUCCACCGCAAGAUGCCCUGAGCGACGAGCGACGAGUGUUCUGGGAAGACACAAUGAAGCUGAACCCAUGGGACGGUAUGGUUGAUCACCAGCCACUAGGCAGUAUCAAUCGCUUGAGGAAAACGGUGUAUGAGAUGAGCAGGAAGAAGCGCGAAGCUGCAAACGCCACGCCGACUCAAGCAAUCAACAGUAUCGACGAGGUGCCAUAG